AUGAAACCCAUGUACUGUUACCAAAACUCAUGUACCGGUAUAUGCUGCAUUUACGUUUUGAGAAUUACAUUUUGUUUUGUAGACACUCCUACCCAGUGGAAAUCAGUGCUGGUUAUACUAUCUUAUAGUGUCCCACUGUUUGUAAUGAUUUAGAAAAGUGACAGUUCUUCACUGCCUCACACCAGUAAAUGUUACAUGGUUUAGUGAGGUGAAUGAAACAGUGAAGGUUGUAAAAGCUUACCUCAUCUUCAAAUUUUGCCAUCCCAUGAUGCUGCAAACUAGCUUAUGCCUGCUUGUGUAUGGAUACAUUAUUAUAUUCAGUUGUGCCCCUGUGCCACUUUCAGCAGUGCUAUAUGCAUACAUGUUCUGUGUACAGCAAUGCUGGAGGCUGACUAAUGUACAUGUUUUGGCAGCAAAGUAGAAGAAAAUUAACUAUAAAGAAAUGUAAAAGUAUUUUUGCACCACUGAGUUUUUUUGUGCUAAAAUCAGCGAAAUGUGCAAUGUCUCACUUGUUUUUUUAAAAUAUUUUAUCUCGAAAUAUAUAUAUAUGUAUAUAUUUUUUUUUCCCUCUAGGUUUAGUGGCACAUAGUGAUUUAGAUGAACGAGCUAUCGAAGCUUUAAAGGAGUUUAAUGAAGAAGGUGCACUAGCAGUGCUUCUGCAGUUCAAGGACAGCGAUCUGUCUCAUGUACAGGUAUUUGUUUUUAAUUGUCUUAGACUGCAUGGGUGUUAUCACUUAAUUAUCCCAUCAUGUAGAAACGUCUCGAACAAACCAAAGUUUAAUUUAUAAAAAAAAUAUUUUUUUUUUGUGUGUUGACAAUCUUUGCAGAGCAUGUGCGCAGGAAAACUUUUUUUAUUUAAGUACAGUUCAUUGUCAUCAUUGCUCCUCUGCCCUUCUACUUUAGAACAAAAGUGCCUUUUUAUGUGGCGUCAUGAAGACCUACAGGCAAAGAGAGAAACAAGGGACCAAGGUAGCAGAUUCUAGUAAAGGACCCGAUGAAUCUAAAAUAAAGGUAUUCAUUAUAAUAUAACUAUUUUGUGAUUGAUUACAGAAUUUACACAUUUCAUAAUCCACUGAUUAAAUAUUUUAUUUAGUACAAAUUGUGUGUAUGUAUAUAUACGUUUUACAGAAUGUAGUAAUUUUAUUUAAAAACCUCAUCUAGGAAAAAAGAAUGGGGUUUUAGUUACAGUAUAUGAUCAUACUUUUUAUUAUUUAUAUGGCGCUAGCAAAUUCUGUAGCGCUGUACAAUGUACCAUAUUCUUGCAAAUUUUUGUAUUGGUUUUAGCAAUAUCUGUUUGCAUUACUGCAAAACACAAGAUCCAGCGCACUCACCUAUCCACUAAACAGCAACUUCAAAGUUGAAAGAUUUUAUUAGUUUUUUUUUUUUUUUAAAACACCUAAUCUAGGCAAAAAUAAUGGGGGUUUAGUUACAUUAUAUGAUCAUACAUUGCAUAAGCCAGACCUCAUGCAUUACUGUGCAUGAGGUCUGUUUGUGAUACCAAAACGUGUUUCUGGAUAAAAUGUAAGAUAUCUUAAAUAAACCAUACUUCGGUUUCCUUCUAAGAAGCCAAUUUAGCUACACACAAAUCCAUAUGAUAAAUUACACAUAUUUGAGAUAUUUGCCAUUUUAACAGACCAUACUGAUCACAAAUUGUUGAAUGCAUUAUCCACUAAAUAAUACAAACUUAUGCAUUUUGGCAUGUCUGGAAAUUAAAAUAUUUUUGUUUAAGAAAAUGCUGCCGUAAUAAUGUUUUAUGGCCCUUAAGGACCAAAUGCUAUGCUCUCCAUAAAACCUUGCCUCCUGGAAACCUAUGCAAAAAUGGAAUGUUACGCUUAUUGGCUUUGGCAUAUGUCAGGCAUAUACAUAGGUUAAUCCGGAGUGUUAUAACUGCAUGUACAGUUUAAGCAAUACAUUAAACAGUUGGAAUCCAACUGUAACCAGUUAAUUGGUAAAAGUUCUGAUUACUGUGUUUGACCUAUUGUCCUUUUCUCUGUGUCUGGGCAUGCUUUAGAGUCCAGAAUAACCUGACAAAUGUGAACCACAUUCUAAUAGAUACUGCUGAGCUUUGCAUGUUUGGAGAGAGAAUAGCUUAAUGCUAGGAAUUUAAAACUUCUGAUACUUAUACUCGAGUAUAUACUGUGUGUGUGUGUGUGUAUAUAUUCACAAUUCUCUUAGAACAGAUGUAAAUACACUGUAGCUUAUUUACCACAAGCACUGUUUAAUUUUGUCUCCCACGUUAGAAUUCGUGUAGGACACAUUGAUAUUUGUAUAUUAUGAAGUAGUGGUGGGGUUGACACGAUAUGGCCAUAUGGUGGAACUGAAUCCACAUAUUUGCUGAUUGGUGAUUUGAAGAAGCCUUGUAAAAUGUAACUUUCUGUGUGCGCACGCUGUUCCUUAAUCUCAAUUUUGUAUACACUUUGGUAUCAACAGCUACACCAUUGCUGAGAAAUGCAUAUUCUGGGUGUACCCCCAAUUCCCUCUUCUCCCCCCCCCCCCUCUUACAUUGCCAUUAAUUUGUGGUAGCCAGAUACAAUUUUCCCAUGCCCCAUCCUCAAUCUUCUUCUACAAGCCUAGCUCUCAGAUGGUAAAAGAUUGGCUUAUUUUUAAUACACCAUCUCCAAAAAGGUUUCCAUACAUUGUAAAUCAGAAUUCCUUUACCAUAGCUUGACGGGACCCUGGUGUUUGUGUUUAAUUUUCCUCUUACUCAUUUACUGUACCCACGCAUAUUAUAUACCGUUGUUCUCGCCAUUAAAUGGUCUUUCUAAAGAUACCAUUAUUUUCAUCAUAUAAUUUACUAUAAACAAAUUAUAAAAUAUAACAUUUUUUAAAAAGCACAUUUUCUAACUUUGACCGCCCAAAAUCUGUUCCACAUCUACAACCGCCAAAAAACACCCAUGAUAAAUAGUUUGUAAAUUUUGUCCUGAGGUUAGAAAGUUAUAGGGCUAGAAGUAUAAGUAGGACAUUGCUGUUUCAAAAUAUGUGUGUGUGUGUGUGUGUGUAUGUAUAUAUGUGUAUAUAUAUAUGUGUAUAUAUAUAUAUAUAUAUAUAUAUAUAUAUAUAUAUAUAUAUAUAUAUAUAUAUAUUAUCAAGUGACGUAACACUGUUAUCUGUCAAAUCUCUGAAUCACACCUCAUACGUACAGUCACAAACACUGGCCAAAGUUAGCAUUUAUAUUUGUGUGUUAAAGCCAAAAACAAUUCUGAACGCUAACUUUGGCCAGUGUUUGUGAUUACGUGGCUACUAAAAAGACUGAACAUACCCCAUUUGCAAUACCUUGGGUUGUUUUCUUUUGCAAAUGGUAUGCCAUCAUUGGGGUAAUUCUCAUUCCAAGGCUACCAUACGCUCUCAAAGGCAACAUAACCAAUCUGGCAAAUUUCAAUGUGAAAAAAUGGAAAAUAAAGCAUUAUAUUUGACCCUAUAACUUUAAAUAACACAAUAAAACCUGUACUGUUAACCUGUUAAACUUGGGAGACUUCGCUGAACACAAAUGUUAGUGUUUCAAAACUGUAAAUCUUAACACAACAAUGCUAUAAUCAGUGAAAGUGCUGUUUGUGUAUUAAGUCACUUUCACUGACUAUCAUCGCUGUGAUAUGUUUUACUGUUUUGAAAUACUAAUAUGUGUUCAGUGAAGUCUCCCGAGUAAAACAGUACCCCUCCAUGUACAGGUUUUAGGGUGUCAUGGAAAGUUACAGGGUUAAAUACAGUGCUAGCAAAUUAAAUUCUCUAGACUUUUGGUCUGGGUUGUCAGGCAUGUCUCUCAAAUUGUAAUCAAUAAAUUACUUAACUAUGUAAUAUUAUACAUCUGAACAGAUAAUUUAAAUAUAUAUAUAUAUAUAUAAUAUAUAUUUUUAUUCUAAGUGUAUUGAGAUAGAUACACACCCCCACCCCUCACUCCAAUUCGUUCUUGGAGAUGUCAUUAGUCUAGGGGUUCACACACUUUUUUCCACCUGCACUGUGAAUGUUUACAUGGUGUGUUCAAUAAAAACAUGGCAACAUUUCAUUCUUUGUGUGUUAUUAGUUUAAGCAGACUGUGAUUGUCUAAUGUUGUGACUUUGAUGAUUAGAUCACAUUUUAUGACCAAUUUGUGCAGAAAUCCAUAUCAUUCCAAAGGGUUCACAUAAUUUUUCUUGCAAGUGUGUGUGUGUGUGUGUGUGUGUGUGUGUAUGAUUUUUAUUUACUUAAAAUAUCUAUCUACCAAUGCCCAGUGCUUUUCAGCCAAAAAUAGAUUUCAAAGGAUAGCACUCCCAGGACUUAAUAAAAUUUUACUUUCAUUUACCUUACAGAUAAAAAUUGCUAACGUUUCGAAAGCUUUAGGGAAUCAAGCAGAAACGUUGGCAAUUUUUAUCUGUAAGGUAAAUGAAAGUUAAGACCGGAGUUGGCUGCACUCUUGUCUUUAACAUUUCAAAUAUUUAUUGAAUCAAAAAAUAAUUUACGUUUCAGUCCCUCCUGGGACUUUUUAAUCAGGUUCAAAACAUACAAUGCAUACACAUAACAAACUGCUGUAAUAUAUUGCACAAAUAGAAUAAUUGACUCACCCCAGCUAUCAUGCAUCACUCCCGGCGUCUCCCCGUGUGCACCGCGCAUGCGUGAACAUGCUCCACCAGCUGGCGGCCGUGAUGACGUUUAGCAGUCUAUUCCGUUACCAUGGCGAUGCAGGAUGCCACUAUGUCACCAUGCCAGCUUAUAAACAACGAUCGGCUUUCUGUAGUACUAUAGGGGAAAUAUUUACACUCAUGGACAUUAAAAAUAAUUAGAAAAGAAGUGACCAAGCAACAUUUUGUUGUAUUAAAGGGACACCCCAGGCACCCAGACCGCUUUUGCCCAUUGGAGUGGUCUGGGUGCCAACUCCCACUACUCUUAACCCUGCAAGUGUAAUUAUUGCAGUUUUUUAUAAACUGCAAUAAUUGCCUUGCAGGGUUAACUCCACCUCUAGUGGCUGUCUACUAGACAGCCACUAGAGGGCACUUCCUGGAUCAUAGCACAGAUUAUUAUUGUGUGAGGACCUCCAGUGUCGCUCAUUUCCCCAUAGGAAUGCAUUUCCAAUGCUUUCCUAUGGGGAGCGCUAAUGCGCAUGCGCGGCAUUGCCGCACAUGCGCAUUAGGUCUCCCCGGCCAGUGGGCGGUAUCAUUCUCGGCCAACGCAAUGCAGAGGAGGGACAUCCUCGUUGCCUCAGGUAAGUUACUGAAGGGGUUUUCACCCCUUCAGCAACCGGGGUUUGGGGGGUGGAAGGGAGAGGGGACCUGCAGUGCCAGGAAAACGGAUUGUUUUCAUGGCACUGGAGUUUCCCUUUAAUGUUAUAGCAUCAUUCUCUGGAUCCACAGAUGAGCUUAAUAACCGCUCUUAAAGUGAAAGGAGUCUACAUACUUGUGUAUAAUUCAAUGAUAAUAAAGUGCAUAUACUGUCUGUUAUCAAUCUUAUGUUAUUUUGGAUAAAGUGCCUUAGUGCUAAUAAGUACUACAUGGUGAAAAAAUAGUGAUCGGAUGUAGACUUGCAUCCUAAUUAUGUAAAGUGCAAUCAUAUACAUUGUAUAAGUUUAGAUAAAGUGGUUAAAGUGCAAGUAGUGUCUAUAUUAAAAUGAUACUGAUGAUAGAGAUAUAUAUAUAGAUAGAUAUAUCUAUAUAUAUCUCUAUUUUCUCUAUCUCUUCAAGCAUUAAAACUGAACGCUGUAUAGUGAAUUAUAAAAACAAUAAUCUUCAAAACCGACUGGAGCAUAUUUAGAGAAAUGACUGAUGAGGUAUAGUCUCACUUAGUCCCCAAUACAUGUAUCCAGUAGGCUUCCCUGUUGAGCAGCAUUUUGCGCCUAUCACCACCUCUUCUUGGUUGAGGGACGUGGUCAAUUAAAAUGUGGUCCAGCCAUUUGGCUAUUGGCUCUCUCAAUUGCAGACACAAUUGGACAUCCCGGUGGUCUUGUGGCUCUUUUAUUGAUUUUUUUUUUGGGAUGCUGUAAAUAAUAGGAGUACGUGGAUUUUGUUUAUACGUGUACUGGUAGAAGUCUUGAUCAAUAUAACCUGCCAACAGGCCCAUAUCAAGUGUAUCCUUAAUUUUGUUCUGUAUCCAUUUUGUUGGAUCAUCUUGAAGGAGUCGGUAGCCAUUAUAAUCUUGUAGCUGUUCUCGAAUAUCAUAUGCAUAGUCCUGAUAUAGAUAGAGAUAUUUCUCUAUCUAAUUAAAAAUACACUUGGUAAACUUUUUUUAUUUUAACAGUAGCAGGGAGACUGCCUGUUUAGGCAGUCCUCCUGCAGGCAGCACUAUGGAUGCCUAUUGCGGCCAUGCGAUCACUCUUUCAGAGGGGGGACUGUCUCUGCCUUCAGUACGUCCACGGUCCUAAAGGGAAUAAUUACUAUAGAUUAAUGCAGUGCUUAUGAUCAAGUUGAGGAUGCUGCAGAUCAGGUAUAUGCUGUAUCUCCUUUAUCUGUGCUCUGGGACAUUCUGAUGUGAAAAGUUCAUAAUUGCAAUAAUUAAGAACUUGGACAGAUUUUCCUUAUUCUGUUAUUGAAAAUCAAGCGGUGGACUUUUGACACUAGGAUAACCUAAGAAUUUUCUCAAACAAUUCAAAAACAGUUUGACAUAAAAUAUGUUUUUCACACAUUAGUUUAUAGCACUCACUAUACUCACCCAGACCACUUAAUCACCAUUCCCCCUGUUUUAACCCUGCAGCUAAAAACAUUGCCAUUCUGCAGAAACAUAGAAAUCUCCACCAAAAUAGUGGCGUAAAACUCCACUACUUCAAUCAAAUGGUCUCAUAGAUACCAUCUGAUUGGCAAAGCAUUUUUCCUGGCUUGCAGACUAGUCUCUUGUGUGGGCAAGCAUUUUGUUGGCUGAGAUAAUCGAUCUCAAUGAUCUCCGCCAAAGAAGCGGAGCAGUACGCCAGAUAAGGUAGAAAAGGUAACAAAAUUAAUCUUUUUAACACUGUCAACCGAGUCCUGGUCACCUAAACAGUGACUAGGGUUCCAUCACAUUUUGAAUACAUAUUAGGAUUCCUGAUGCUAUUUUUCUUUUAAGCUAUCGUAGUUAUUGUGCUUGGAGUGUCAUUUUAAAUCUGUGGAUUAUGCCCUUCUGUGUUGUUGAAAAUUUCACCCUAGAGUGAUCUCUAAUCAUUGUAAACACACAAGGCUAUUCACAAAAGAGAAUUGUUGCAUUUAGUGAGUUUUUAAAUUUUAAAGAUUAAAUAGCUGAACUGAAAAUUCUCAGCUAUGUUUGCAGUUUGGCUACUUUGGUCAUAGACAGAAAUUCACCUAAAAUUCCUGACAAUUCUCACUUUAGUAAAUAACCUUUACAGUUUCUUGUCACAUGUGCAAUAAGUCUUUAUCGUGUUGCUACACAUUUUAGGCACUUCUAGAAAGAACAGGCUACACUCUUGAUGUGACAACUGGUCAAAGGAAGUAUGGAGGUCCACCUCCAGAAUCUGUCCAUACAGGUCACCAGCCUUCUGUUGGCACUGAGGUGAGAAACUUUGAGCAAUUUGCAAAGUUAUUUCAUUUUAUAAUUCUGUACACAUUGUCUUCACUUUUAUUUUUUUGUCUGUUUUAUGUUUAAUUUAAUACCAGAUUAUUUUUAUACAGAUAUUUGUAGGUAAGGUUCCAAGAGACCUCUUUGAAGAUGAGCUUGUCCCAUUAUUUGAGAAAGCUGGAUCAAUUUGGGACCUUCGUUUAAUGAUGGACCCUUUGACUGGUUUGAAUAGAGGAUAUGCUUUUGUGACUUUCUGUACAAAAGAAGCUGCACAAGAAGCGGUUAAAUUGGUAAGUGUUUAAGUCUGGAUACAAAUAUUUAGACCGUGAAGUUCCAUUCUAUAUUUUUUUUUUUUUUUUAAGAUUGAGGAAAAUGUCUGGUAUGCAAUCACCUUAUCGCCAGGAUUCAAAAUUUUCUUUGUGUGAUUGGGCAUUCAGUCCUUGUAAGUGUAGAAUAUACCUUACAGUUUAUAUGCCCAGUAGCUGAAUACUUUCUCUGUAUAUAGAUUUAUCAUGCUGCUCUUCCUUAUAUUGUGACAUUUCUUCUGUCCUGAAGGAGCAGUGUCUUCCUACUUUCCUAUUCAGUGAUCAAAGGGUUGGUGAGGGGUUACGGAUCUGCCAUCAAGCAUUUUGUGUUCGAUUGUGUGUGAAGUAAUUCUACCAAUACGUUGUUCUACUCUUAGUAUGCAGCAUACAAACAAAAUUUUUCCUAUCAAUGUUUUAUGCCCUUUGUUAAUUAAUCGGGCAUUCGAAAACCUUGCUAUUUUUUUUUUUUUUUUGACAAUCGGCAGUGUUUACAUUUGUCAGAGAACACUUUUCUAGUGGCUCUUAGAUGGGCGCCAAAGGCCUUUUCUCAUUAAGACCUUCAAAAAUCAGACUCUUCGAGCCUUUCUGAAGACUGAAUCACUCUACACUAAGCCUGGCAGCAUGUGGCUUAGCUCAUUGGCUUAAAAAAAACUAGCAGGAUAACUGCAUUCCUGGCGCCAUAAUCACUACAGUGUGUUGUUGGGUUUGGAGUAUUCCUGCGAUUAACUAUUUCACAAACCUCUGCAACUUUUUAACACCAUAUGUCCCUCUAAACUCUGCACUCUUUCUGACCCUUUAAAGAACACUAUUGUCACCAGAACUACAGCUUAAUGGAGAUGGGGCGGAGCCAGCUGUGCCAAACCUGCACGGCUGCUGUAAAAUCUCCUCCUUUUACACUGGUUACAGGGGGGUCUAGUGCCUAAACUAUGUUUACAGCUUUAGUGACAGGAAAACAUGUUUGUAUUCCUGUAACUAUCAUGUUUAAUGUUUGUCAGACUUUUAAGUGUCUUUUUUUUAAUUUGUCAUCCGCUUUGUCUUCCUUGCCUGUUAACGGUCUCCCUUCUAGAUUUUAAAUUGGUAGGGAGGUAUUAAAGCAUUUGCAACAGACCACACUGCAUUCAAGUUCUCCCUCACUUACCACCAUUGUACUCUAUACCAAACUAUACCAUUGUUCUCGGUGCAGGUAAUAAAGGAACAGGCAACACAAAAUGUGAUGCAAAUGUCAGAUAUUUAUUUGAGAAACAUCCCCUAAAAUUUUGUAUUAAAGCACUGUCUACCUGAGAAACAGAAUAACUGACAAACGUGUCGUGUAUGCUCAAUUUGCACAUGCUGUGACUCAACAAGUGGUUGUGAAAAAAUUUAGCCUGGCUAGUAGGUUGGUGCUUACUGAGUGAUAGUAUAAAUCAGAAAACUGUUUUAUCUCACACUGGCUUUUUUUUCCCCUCAAAUACAUUGUUUGGCUCCACUUCUUUUCUGAUACUUGGUCAAAUAUACAAAUUAGCCUCUUCAUAAAUACAAGUCUCGAUAUGAGCAAAAUGGGGAAAACCUUUCUGAAAUCGCCAAACAAAAACACAAUAUACAUUAAUGAAUGGGGCACAAAUACACUCCACUUUCAGUUUAAAAUGCAAAGAAUCCCUCCUGUUGCUUACUCUAUUUUUAUUUAUUUUUCUCCUUCUCUUCCUAGUAUAAUAACCAUGAAAUCCGUUCUGGAAAACACAUUGGUGUGUGCAUCUCUGUUGCCAAUAAUAGACUCUUUGUUGGUUCUAUUCCAAAAAGUAAAACAAAGGAGCAAAUUGUGGAGGAAUUUAGCAAAGUUACAGGUAACAUGUCUAUUAUUUAUUUUUUCCAAUUUGUAAUUAAAAAAACAACCUUUAACUUAAACUAUGUAUGGGCAGGGAUAUAAACCUGCAUUCCUCUUCCUAUAGCGCUAAAAACACUACUUUGAUCCUGGCCACUCUUUAAUGGAGUAAAAACUCUCCAAUACUCUGGCACCUUGUUGGACUGGCUCUGUCAAUUCUGAUUAUCUAAACCAGUAUGCAAUCUGUCAUUACAAUGCUUUCAAAUAAGUAAGCACUGAGAGGCUAGUGUGCAUGCACGGCGCAACUCUGCAUCUAUUCAUGAUGAUGCAUUGAAUCGAUGCAUCUCUAUGGGGAAAGUUCAUCGCCUCCAUGCACAACAUGAAGACGCUGAAUGUCGUUGCAGCAAAUUGUUAAGCUCUAACGCAUGAAGUGCAUCUAGUGGCCGUCUAAGUGACUGCUACUGGAGGUGUUCCUAGGCAGCAAUGUGAACACUGCUUUUUCUUUGAAAUGCCUGCAGUAACCUACUAUACAUGCCAGAAAACUACAGUAAGCUGUAGUUGUUGUGGUCACUGUAGUGUCUCUUUUUUAAGAAUGUUUAAUACAUGUGUAUGUUGAGGCAACAAGCCGGUAUACAAUCAAAAUAUAGGUUUGUGGUUUUCCUAAUCUUAUACAAUUAAAGGGACACCAUAGUCGUCCAGAUCACUUCAUCUCAUUGAGGUUUCUGGGUGCGGUGCCUGUAUCCCACGAAGUCCUGAAAUGUAAACCAUUGCCAUUUUCCUGAAACUGCAGUAGUUGUAUUGCAGGAGUCAGACUGCCUCUACUGGCUGUCAGACAGCUCUGCAUAAAGACAUCCAGAAAGUUUCAGUAGGAAAGUAUUAAAGCAAUGCUAUAGGGAGCAAUGCAUUGGGAUGCUACUGUGCAUAUUUCCAAGUACCAGUAGUCUGAGGGAUAACAAUACACGUAGGGAGGAAUGAGGCGGGUUUAUAUAAUGAGCUGCUGUCCCCGUGCCGUCACUCCUAUGGACCAGGGAAGGAAUGAUCAUGUAAUGUUGGAGGGACAGGUCAGGGAGAUCCAUGGACCGGGGGAGGAAGCAUUUAAUGGCUUUCAGCCUCUGCCUGUCUCCAUGGUGAUAAGCCGAGGUAGCAAGGACUGGUCACUUCAGUGAAGUCAGCAGCGACACGUGGAUCCAAGAUGGCGGCGACUGCUGCGGUAAUUGUCUCUCUCGGACCGUGGCCGGCACCGUGUACAGGGAUGGACAGGGGGAGUGUGGGAGAGCACGGGGCUGGCGAGCUGUGAGGCUUGAUAAUGGAACCGGAAAUUGCCAUCUUGUGUUAACACAGUCUAAAGAGAUAUAGGGACUACUUUGUCUCUGUAUUUCAUCUCUGACUUUUCUUGACACGGAGCCAAAGUGUCAAUCCCUGUAGCCUUGAUCAUUGAUGGCUGCAGCAAAUUGGCUGGGUCUAUGGAGGAUGUCACAGAAUCCUCCAUAUGCUUCAGGGCUGUUCUUUCUGGCAUGUGUGAGAGAACAGCAGUGACUUCUGUGCUGAGGAGGUCCACGCUGGACCAAGAUGGCGGUGCCCACAAAGGUCAGGUUCAGUUAAGUAAAUUCACUUUUACCUGCCACUCUUGGCCACCAGACCCCUUGCAGCGAUGUCAGUCAGGGAACUUUGCUAAUUCGUCAAAGUACCAAAACUGUGACCGUGCCGCUUUAAGCUAACAUUGAUAUUGCAUUUAUUUGGGAGCACUUUUAAUACAACUUAGUGACAGAUAUUUUAAGAUACUUAAACAGUCCAGAAUUCUAAAUAAACUUUUUUUUUUACAUUUGUAAUAAUGCCGGUUAUGACGUUUAGGUUAUAGGCCCCCCCUUGUACCCAUUCCCGGCCUCCGACAAAAAGUGGUAGUUAACGACCUUGGACGUACCUGGUAAAUCCCCACUUUCCUGAUCUCAGGCUCUGCAGCAGCUCUGGCCCUCUGAUCACCAUGAUCACAUCACUGCAAUAGGAGUCUAUGGAGCUGCCAGCAGGCGGACUGUCUCAGCUGUCAGUCCUCCAGGCUGCUAAAAAGUGUGGGGAAGGAAUUUUAUAAUAUAUUGUACAUAUGAUUUCAUUAUAUGUGUAAUUUAAGAGAUAUACAAAUCUCAAAGUACACUUAUAAUGAAAUUAUAUAUGUAUAAUAUAUAUUCUAAAAUGCUUUAACUAUAAUUUAUGGUUGUGGCAUCAAAAGCCGUGAUGCGCAUAUUAGAAGUAGGUAUGUAAGGUCCCUAUAUGAGACCUAUAGUAAUAUGAAAAAGUCGGUUCAGGGAUUCACUGGGGGCCACAACAGAUAGGAUUAGCCAAUAACCUGUGGGGCCGUAUUAAACCGGAACGCUUGCUGGACUUUGGACAUGACUGCCCUAGGGUGUCUUCGUUUUAAAAAUAUAUUUGAGGGGGGUAAAUUAGAUUGGCCAGCUUCAAAAAUGUCCUAAAUAGGACAUGGGUGCAUGAUGACCAGCUGUGAAAAUUCCAAGUUGGAAAACUGGAAUGCGCACCCUCCAAAUAAGGUCUUUUAGCCCCCAGAGAACCCCAUACUCCUAUACAUGAAUAUCACUGUACUCAGGAGAUGCUGUUGAACACAUAUUUGGGUGUUCUUUGGCAGUAGCCCUUAAAGUUCCUUAAUACAUGUAUUCUUAAAUUGCUGUGUGUCAAAAAUCAACUAUUUUUUUUUUUUCCCAUUUGGCAUAGAAUGUUGGUAAAAUGGUUGAAUGAAGAGUCAAAAUACCUCAAGUUUAAUGCCUUGGGUUGUCUUCUUUUAAAUAAUAUAUACAUGUGAUGGGUCAUUCAGGGAUUCCUGACAGAUAUCAGUGUUACAAGUAACUUGCAUUAAUUUUGGGGGGGAAUGGUUUGGAAAUAGCAAAGUGCUACUUGUAAUUAUUGCCCUAUAACUUGCAACAAAAGAAAAGCUAAGAAUGUGUUAACGUUUGGUAUUUCUAAACUCAGGACAAAAUAUAGAAACUAUUUAGCACUAGUGUUCUUUGGUUGUAGAUACGUAACAGAUAUUGGGGUCAAAGUUAGAAAAGGUGUGUGGGUUUUUUAUUUUUUUUUAUUUUAUUAACAAAAUAUUAUAGUAAAUUAUGAGAUGAUGAAAAUAAUGGUAUCUUUAGAAAGACAAUUUAAUGGGAAGCAAAACAGUAUAUAUUGUGUGGGUACAGUAAAUGAGUAAGAGGAAAAUUACAACUUAACACAAAUUUAGAAAUAUAAAAACAGCCCUGGUCCCAAACGGUUAAAUUGAAAAGCAGUCUGGUCACUAAGGGGUUAAAUAAAUAAAGCUGUAACUUAAUUCUAGACAAGAUAUAAAUUUGCAUCUCUGCUCUGCCUCCUGGUCAUCAAUAUUGAUAUACUCGUGGCCAGACCAGUACUUCUGUUAGAGAAGCAUUGGGAGGCAGGGCUAAUGUGCAGUAUUGAAACAAUACUUCUUUAUGAGAAGUAUCACAUCUGCUUUGAGGAAUUGAGAAUUAUCCUUCCAUUUGUCUGAUCGCCAGGAGGAGGGUGCAGUCUAGUGUCUUUAUACAAGUGCUGAUUUCCUUUUAAUCUGUAUGUAUUUUUGUUGGAAAGAUGGACAAUCAUUUAAUCCCUAAAACACACAAGCAAGUGCUUUGGGUGUCUGAAGUUUUUCUUUAACAGUGUAACAUACAUAAGAAAAAUAGACUCUAAAUGAAACUUCACAAAACUGGCACCAUUUUGCACCUGGAUCAAUUAGACACCACUUUCUAGUAUAAAUGCAAAAUGUAAGGAUUAAUCAGUGUAAUGUACUACAGACUAAUAAAGAAAUGUUUAUAUAAUAUAACUUGGAUUUAGGUGCUUCUGGUUUACCUUAUGUCUUCUUUUCAGAGGGACUUACUGAUGUCAUAUUAUACCAUCAACCUGAUGACAAGAAAAAGAAUAGAGGAUUUUGCUUUCUUGAAUAUGAAGAUCAUAAAACUGCUGCUCAGGCUAGACGCAGGCUUAUGAGUGGCAAAGUAAAAGUAUGGGGCAAUGUUGUAACAGUGGAAUGGGCUGAUCCAAUUGAAGAUCCAGAUCCUGAGGUCAUGGCAAAGGUAAUCUUUCUGCCAAGUACACACCGUUACUCCCCUUUCUGGUUCAGUGCAGGUAAUGGACAGGUCUUCUCCCUACCUGUUCAAACAAAAACAUUUGGGUGAUUUGUUAUGAUUUAAAAAAACAAAUACUACUCAAUGAGGAGCACAACCAUAAAAAUAAAGACUCUUUAUUAAAUAGGUUCACAAAAGCAGGUAUCUCAAAAUGCACAUCAGACAAUCAAAGCAUAAAUCACAUAAUAGUACAAGAAAUUGCAAGAAAUUUUGCAAUUGCAUCCAAACAGGAAUGAUGACCGGUUCAUAAGUAACAGAAUUGAAGAUUAUGCUAGCGUCAGUGUAUCUAUAAUCUUAAUUUUAAUGACAGGUGGUGAGUAUUUUGCAUAUCUCUCUUUACUAAACUCCACAGCAGUAAAGAAAGUAAACGUUUAACCAAUCAAAAUUGCAAUAGGGAGUAAGGUAUUCCCACAAAAUAGGCUCCUCCUUCUCCUUUCAUAAGCGACAUCGUAACAGAGAAAAGGUAAAUAUCGAACAUAGAAAAAAAUCAUCCAAGGACUUCCGGAAGGAACAACGGUGGACAGCCAUAGGUAUACUGAUCAACUGUAACCAACAUCAACGGGUGAAUGUCCAACAUUAGGCAGUCCUCCUAGAAAGUAGUCGUCUGGGUAGUUUGCCAAUGUAGUGCCCGAAAUUCCAGAAGCUGAUGAAGUUAAACUGAAAUGAGUGUGAAAUGGGUUAGAUUCUGGCCUCUUACUAGUUGUUACAAUUAUCGUGACCCAGCAAUGAUAUUAGCAACAUAUGCGUGAUGAUAGAAUCAGAUAUAACCGAUACUGUCCCUGGACGAAGGAGUAGUGUAGAGACAGAUAUGAGAUAAGGAUGAUGGAAAAUUUAACAAUCUAAAGAGUAACUGUUCCCUCUUCCCCGGGAGGGGAAAUACUCGCCUCCUGUCAUUAUUAAAAUUAAGAUUAUAGGUACACUGACGCUAGCAUAAUCUUCAAUUUUAUCACAUGACAGGAGGCUUCCUAUUUUGCAUUUUUAACGCAGAAGUAGGAGUGACAUGGCCGCGUUAGAGUUCGGAUGAAAGUAAAGUGCGAAACGUAGAUUCUCUCGACCAGUCCACGGAACGUAGGAUGUCCACUAAUGAGGCCCUUGCUGCGAAGGCUGAGGAUGCUGCUGCCCCUCGUACCGAGUGGGCCCCGAAGGAAACGUCCACGCCUGCGAGUGAGAGUAUCCAGCGGACCCAUCUGGCAAGCGUAGUGGUAGUGAUGGGGACGUGUGGUCGAACAUAUGACACGAGGAGUUGUCCCGAAGGUGAUGUCCGAAUUGCGAGUGUAACUUCUACAUAGCGUCGUAGGGUGGCUACGACGCAGAGUUGUGGAUCUGAGUUGAAGGGGUAGAAAACUGUUGAGUCUGAUUUCGUGCGACGGGAUAUGUGGAAUGUGACUCCCUCCGGGGAGACCGAGAAUGCAUCUGUCAAAUGCCCGGACGUCCGAUACCCUGCGGAAGGAUACCAGGCAGAGCAGGAUCGUUAGACUUUCACUUCGACAACUCUCAGCGAAACUGUCAUUGGACGGCCAUUCCCUCAGGAAGCGUAGGACUAUCUCGACAUCCCAGAGUCGUGAAUAUUUAGGUUCAGGGGGUCGUUGCAGGCGAAUGCCCCUGAGAAGUCGUCAUAUCAGUGUGUCUUUACACACUGGGAUCCCAAUGAUAGGGAUGUGAGCCGCUGAGAUAGCGGAACAGACCACAUUAAUUGAUCUGUAGGAUCGUCCUGUUGAAAAUAGGUGGGUUAGGUAGUUCAAAAUGGAAGGAAUAGAAUGGCGUCUGAUUCCAGGACUAUGUCAGGCGUGCUCCCGAAGACGGCCCGACCGUUCCAUGCUGUCUAGCCACCAACCGAGUUCGUCUGACUUCUUUCGUUACUGAGAUCGGUUGGUCGUAAGAUGGAUUUUGUCUGAGGAAAAAUGCUUUGAGGCGUUGCAUCGCUCUGUAGUGAAGUGGGCCCGGGAAGAUAGCUUGUAUAGAUGCUGAGAGGAGUUCCACUAUUCGAGCGAGGGCGCGGAGUGGAAUGGUGUUGGCUCGAAUGGUCUUGCGCAGUUCCUUGCGAAUGUUCAAGAUCUUUGACGCCGGUAGCCGUAAGGUGCUUGUGGUGGAGUCUCUCGAAUCCCAGGAAUUGUACUGUUUGAGAUGGUGCCAUGGCCGAUUUGUCAGAGUUCACUACGAAUCCUAGAGAUGAUAGGAGGUCCGUGGCAUAGCUUGUGUGCUGUAUCAAUCUGGACCUUUCGGAGCAGAGCAGCAGGAGGUUGUCCAGGUAGAUAAUGCACCGAAUUCCCUGUGCUCGAAGGUGUGCGACCACGGGCUUCAUUAAUUUGGUGAAGCACCAUGGAGCUGAGCUGAGGCCGAAGGGGAGGCAUGUGAAUUGCCAGGGUUGGCCCUGCCAGUGGAAUCGCAGGAACUGUCGACAGGACUGGUGGACUGGUACUGAAAAUAGGCGCCUUCAGAUCCAGUCUUGUGAACCAAUCUUUGUCUUGUAAAAGGUCUCUUAGGAGGUGUAUGCCUUCCAUCUUGAAGUGCCUGUAUGUAACGUAUUCAUUGAGUCUUUUUAAGUUUAUGACAGGGCGGAAGUCCCAUGUCUUCUUCUUAACUAAGAAUAUGUUGCUGAAGAAACCUUGUGGGCCGGUUCGAUUGCGCCUUUCGCUCAUAGUUCUAGCAGCUCUUUGUGAAUGAGCUUGGUGUCUUCUGUGGAGCAUGUGGUAGGGUAUGGAGCGACCGUUUGUCGCGGGUAGGCCGUGAAGUCAAUAAUGUAGCUCUGCACUGUCUGUCGGAUCCAGCUGUCCGUGGAGAUGGUUAGCCAUUCCUUAAAGAAAAGGGAAAUACGACCUGCAAUACGAGGGGGAAGGCAAUGAAUUAGGUGAUUACCUGUGGAGAAGCGUGCUCUACCUCGGGUACGUGGUCCCCGGCCUCUGUCUGCUCCUCUGGUGUAGGAAAACUGUUGGCGAUAUCCCACUUCGGGGUAGAAAGGUUGGGGCCUUGCAUUGCGGGGGCCUGAAGGCCAAAAUCGGAUGGCAGCACGGCCCCUUUGGCGGCCAGCCCUUCCAAAAACACCCCUAGUGGGGUUAUGUCUAAACACUCUCCUCAUAGAAGAUUGGGCUUUGUUCAGAGAAGUAAAAAUAUUUACAUGUUUAUUUAAGCCUUUGAGGAAAGGGUAUCCAAAGAGUUUGCCCUGUGCCAGCGGACCCAGUUCCUUGGUGCCCAAUUCCACCAACUUUCCGUCAAUACGGAGUAAAGCUGCUUUGCGCCGCUCAUAUGAGAGGGCGGCAUUGGUGUUACCCACAAAGCAAAAGCAUCUUUGUGCCCACUCCCGGACAUCGUGAGCCCAUUUGCGAACCAUGGUCGCGUCAAAUUGGUCUGCUUUUGUGAGAGCAUCAUCUGCCAGGUACAUGAUCCUGGAAAGUGGUCCCACUGAAUCCAGUAGUUUGUCCUGGACUGCUCUGAACCCUUUCUCAACGCCUUUGCGUGGGUCACGGCCCCCACGGGACAUAAAGGUGGUCAUCACCUGGUCAAACUCUGGUGUCUCUGCUACAUGGUCUGGUAGAGAGGGUCUUGGACACUCUGAGCGUAGCCUGUUGCGAACUGUUUUAUACAUGGAUUUUCUGAGCCAGAGAUGCAUAAAUUUUGCUAGGUGGUCUGGGGGUGUCCAGUCCCCUGAUCGAGGGUGUCUUAGGUUUCUAGGGUCAAAGAUAGCGUCCUCGUCUUCCUGCGGGUUAUCUGUAGCGUCAUGUACUAGGGAGUCUCCCGAUAGUGUGUGUGGUAAGAGUCUGGGUUGAGACUCAGAAUCGGUACCCCAAGGGUCAUCUUGCUUGUCUGACUCGUCAGCUUGCCACUCAUCUAGUAUGGCCAAGGAUUUGGAUUGUGCGUCGUCCUCCUCAGAGGAGUAGUUAAGCAGCGGAGUCGAGUUAGUGACCAUAGAGUGCUUAGGUCUUAGCCGGUGUUUUACCCUUUUCCCCUUUCCAGUGGCGUUUGCCAGUGGGGGGGUUCUUGGCUCUUAUGUGGUUCGGAAUCUGAAUUGUCGGGAUUGGUGGGUUUUAGAUGGUAUCCUCUUUUCAGUAUUAGAGGCCAUCAUUUUGGAGAGGGCUUUCUCCAUGGAGGCUGCUAUUGCCUCGUUAAUCAUGUUUUGGAAGUCCACUGUAUUUUGAGGCUUUCAUAUUCUGAUCAGAUAUACUUAAAAUGGCACAGGGCGUAAAAUAACUAUUAUAGUUAUGGAUAUAGUUAUAGAUGUCAGUGUAACUGUACUUCACUGUAUAAGUAGCAUUUUGCUGACCUCAGCAGGGAACAGUGGUGCGCAAGCAGAUAAUACCCCAGCAGGGUCUGUGGUGUACUGUAAAUGAUGACCCCAGCAGGGUCUAGGAUGUAGUAAUCCACUUACAGGUAUUAGCAGUGAUGAGACUAUAUUGCAGUCAGUGAUAGUGUCAAUGUAAUAACCCUAACAGGGUAAUCUCCACAAAAUUGGGAUUUAGUAUUAUGCUGGGUCUCACCCAGUGUGACAGAGGUGGCCACAGGACGACCUCCAAUAAAGCAGCAGGUUAAAUGGGGCAGCACCCCAGACAGGCACAGGAGCUGGUGCCUUUGUACAGUAAUAACUGACCUGAAAAAUUCAGGCUCUGAAGCUAGGUGAGUCCUGCUACAAGGAAAAAACGCCGUUCAGUGUGUGUCCCUUGCGGCACUCAGAGGAAAUUAAAAUGGCGGCCGCAAUCUCGCGAGACACGAGAUUGCAAAUGGCCGCCGUGCCUGUGAGGAAGGAUGGGAAUUCGCGAGGGCGGUAAAAGUGCGUGGCGGUAAGGGGUUAGGGAGGCGGGGGACGACAGGGUAACCGUCGAACGGAAAGCGGGUCCGCCCGCAGGCGGAAAGUGAAAGAAGGGCAGGAAAGGCCGGAAAUAAGAAAUAGUGAAAAGAUCAUAAAACAGCCCUAAAAGAGGGCUAAGUAUAUAGCAGUUUCAAUAAACAGUAAUACUAGAAGUCAGAAAACUGCAGUAACAAAUAGAUAGGAAUAAAUCAAGUGAAAACACAUAAGGUGUGUGUGUGUCUCAAAACUCUGACCUGUCUGCGAUGGAGGAGCCUAUUUUGUGGGAAUACCUUACUCCCUAUUGCAUUUUUGAUUGGUUAUACGUUUACUUUCUUUACUGCUGUGGAGUUUAGUAAAGAGAGAUAUGCAAAAUAGGAAGCCUCCUGUCGUGAUAAAAUUACUACUAAGUCAUAAAGAUAGGCCAACCAUUCAAAUAAUACAUAUAAGACAAAUAAGAGGGGGAAAGUCAACCAGCAAGUCCCCAAGGUUUCAGCAGAAAAAAUGCCCUUAUCAAGGGAGCAUGUUACAAAAGUGUAUGACACACCCUUUUGUAACAUGCACAUUGAUAAAGGCAUUUUUUCUGCCAAAACGUUGGUGGCUUGCUGGUUGACAUUUCCCCCUCCUCACUAUUUUUGGUAUGAAUUUGAGUUAUGUCCGGGUAUCUUUAUGACUUAGUAGUAAUUCUGUUACUUAUGUGUCUUUGUCAUCAUUCCUGUUUAGAUGAUAUUGCAGAAUAUCUCUCUCUCAUAUAUAGAUAGAUAAUAUAUUUUUAUUUGAUUGUGAUUUAUGCUUUGAUUGUCUGAUACCCAUUUAACAAAGUCAUUUUUCUUUUUUUUUUUUUUUAAGUUUGUGCUCCUCAUUGAGGGUACUAUUUGUAGAUUUAUUUGUUCCUUGCAGAAUAGGACUUUUUUUUUUGAGUGAGCACCCAGUCUUAUCUUUGACUUAUUUUGUUUUUGGAUAUUUCCUCUGAUAGCAUUUGACUGGGUGUGCAUACCUUUUCCUAAUUAAAAUUAUCUGUGAUUUAAAAAUGAGCCAGACAACUGUGAUGAUAAAUAGCUUCACAUGAUUACUAUCCUUCAAUACAUUUUUUUUUAUUUUUUUUUCAUAAGUCAUAUUUUCUAAAUUUCUGCCAGGGAUGCAGACUUUUGAGCACAACUCUAAGUGCAAAAUAAAGAUCGUUUUUAUACCAUAACUUCGGAUCGACCCUCUUUUGUUUGGAGUGAAUGAAAGUAGUAGGAUUUGUGAUCUAACACUCCCCACAGACAUGAUCCUCUCGUGGCACCGUAAAUACUCUGGGAGUGACAUUCCUUUGGCAGUGUGUUUAUUUUUGCACACCAAAAAAAAAAUUAGGAUGGAACUUAAAAAAAGUUAAGUUUUAACUGAAACUUUUUUAAUUGUGUCCUUUCUUUUUAGGUUAAGGUUUUAUUUGUGCGUAAUCUUGCAAAUACAGUUACAGAAGAAAUAUUAGAAAAAGCUUUUGGCAGCUUUGGUAAAUUGGAGCGAGUCAAGAAGCUUAAAGAUUAUGCUUUUAUUCAUUUUGAUGAUCGGGUUGGUGCUGUAAAGGUAAGUAGUUUUCUUUUCAUCUUUGUGUCUGUCUAGAUUUGGUAUUCCUUUGUAAUGGAAAAGAACAGAAUGAUCUCCCCAGUGAUAAAAGUUUAACUUUUUUUUUUUUUUUUGUUCCGUCUUGUCUUUAUCUUGGUCUCAUAGCCUAUAUUAACACUCCUUUGAACUAUAUUUUUGUCUGUAUUAUAGCCUAUUUCCAUGCUGUCUGUGUUUCAAAAUCUAUAAUAUAACCUUUUAUCUCUGACCCCUUUUCACCUUUGUCUGCUUCCUCUUUAUUUGAAAGUCUUGCAUGCGGUAGUUUUAGAAACCAUGAUUAACAUGUUACUUUAUAUAUUGUUUUCUGCUGCCAUUUCCUAAUUUAUUACAGCAUCAUUCUUUGCUGGUUCUCUUGGCUAAAUCAUUAAAAACCAGGGAAUCUGUAGUUUCUCUUGUAUCCCUGGUAGCCAAGGGGAUAACCGUACUGAUGAAUAGUAUUUCAUUCUUUUUUUUUUUUUCUUUUUUUUUUUAAUAUAUAUCUUUUUGCAAAUUUUACAUGUGUAACAUCAGACAAAAACAGUUCAGAAUUAGACAUAUAGACUUUGAUUUACAAUAGGAUAUAUGAACUGUUGAGUAAACUUCACACACAAACACAAAUAUCACAAUUUAGAAGAACUGAGUGGAUUAGGCAGGCCUAAACUAUAAUAAUUAGGUUACUUCAUAACUUUCCUGAAUACAGUACCAUAGGGAAGAACUAGUGAUCUUUAAGGAUAUUCAUAACAGAGAACGCAACAAGGUAUAUAGUUAUAUCAGAUUAUCUAACCAAGGUAACCAUUUCUCAUCAAAUUUUAAGUGGCUAUCAUAUUGAAAAGAAAUUCCCCUUUCCAUAUCGUGUUGGUAUUUAAGCUGAGAUAGCAAUUGGGUCCCAGAUGGAGUGUUUUUCUGUAGCCAAUAUCUUGAUAUUUCUAUUUUUAUGGCCAUCAUAAGUUGGAUUAUUAGAUAUCUAUUUUGAGUUGAGAAUCUUCUUAAAUUAAAAUGAAAGAGCAACCAUUAAGUUAUCUUCCAAAUCGUCUCCCACUAAAUCUGAUAUAACUCUAAAUGCUUUAUUCCAUAUAGGUCUUAAAAGCUUACAUCCCCACCAGAUAUGUUUAGAGCUACCUUCAGCACAAGUACACCUCCAACAAAGUUUGGAAUUAUCAGGGUUAAUUCUAGUUAGAAUUUUUGGUACCCUAUGCCAUUGAUGAAUUUUAUAAUGGAGCUCUAUGAUAUUUAAACAAUGCAACGAUUUUUUUUAACUUCUUGAAUUGAUCUAUACCACUGCUCUAACUCGAUUGGAGACCCACUUUCUUGUUCCUAGUUUUUCCAGGCUUUUGGUUUAGAAAUUUUCUUUUUCUUUCUUUCUUUCUCUCUCAAUAUAUACCAACUAGAUAUUGAUUUACGAUUAGUAUUAUUUUUAAAUCGAUAAUUUAAUUUUUUAUUUAUCCUAGUGUUGUCACAAAGCAGAUGGUUAUCCAAAUAAUUUUAGAUUCUUGGGUAUGAGUAACUCUUGAAUUAAGGUCAAGACUUAACUGAAGAUAUGAAAAAGACCUUAUUUUAUUCAAUUCUAAUAAAUCAUCUAUUUUAGUUGAACCAAAUUUGAUCCAAUUACCUAAAUUUAGGUAAUAUUAUAUUCCAUUGUCUUAAUUGGACUAUACUUAGAAAUUUUAUUUAAAAUGUGAUUUCUUUUCCUGUAUUUUACCCAAAUUUCAUAGAUAUCUUUUAUGUAUGGAGAUGAAUUUUGCACUAGCCCCAACGUCAAUCUAUAACAUAUUAGAAAGAUCUUUUGAAUUACACAGGAUUCCAUUUUAUACCAAUGCUCUUCUAUUGUGGUUGGGCCCUCCAAUCUCCAUAGAUGGUACAGCCUAGAGGCUUCGUAAUAUUUGAUAAGAUUUGGGACAGCCAGCCCACCCUUACUGGACUUUUUCAUUACAUGUAAGAUCGACAUCCUUGACCUCUUAUAAUCCCAUAUGUAAUUCAGAAAUAACUUAUGAAUCUGCCUAAGUUUAGUUAUUGUUAUAGAUAAAGGGAUCAUUCUGAACGGGUAUGGCCAAUGAGGUAGAAUAAAUGAUUUGAUGAUAUUUAUUCUUCCCAACCAGGAAAUUCCUAUGUUUCUCCACUCUUUGAGUAAUUUAUUACUGGUAUCUUUUAUAAGAUUAUCCACGUUUUUAUAUUCACAUUCUAUCUUUGCCUGCACAUAAGUGGAAUCCUUCCUCUCAGUCCUUGCAGUGGGCAAAAUGUUGGGGAGGAAUAGAGAAUGACUGGAAUGCAGAAGUGCUACCUAGAUUCAUGUAAAGUACCUACAUUAAUACAGACUCACUUAAACAAAAGCUGGAUAACAGAAUCUGCCGUUAAAGGAACCCUGCAAAAUAGUAAAUAUAAUAAAUUUAGUGGAUAUACUCCCAACAAAUACAUGCAUGAUUUUUUAAUGCAGGUAGUCAUUGGUGUUAUUUCUUAAAAGAGCUUGCAAAUGUUGCAGUUCUUAGAGAUUCAGAGGCUUCUCAUUAAUGAGACUCUGAAGGUUGGUUUAGAAAGAAUGCUGGUCUGAUAUGAGGUCUGAGAGUAGUAUGUUGAUGAGUUUAGUGCGCCUGCUACCUACAUUGACACGGAGACCCAACAGAAGCAGGAAGUAAACAUCCCUGGCAACCUGGGGUAAUUCAUUAUUUAAUCAUAAAUCUGUAGAUUUUCUCAUAGAAAUAAUCACUUUUAUAAAGUGCUUUUUAAAUGGUAUACUCCUCACCCAUAAAUCACUUCAAUGUGCUAAAGUGUUUUAAGGGUGUGGAGUGUUCCUUUAAAGAACAGUCAGGCAGUACACACACCACUGUGUAAUCCUGUGCUAUGAGUGUCCACCUCUACUUAAAGCAGUGCUGUCAUGCCAAACUUGCCUUUCUUCUAUUGUUUCCUCUUAGAAUCUGUUCUUUUAUUUCUGAUUUAGUUUUCUUUAAAACAUAACACAAAGUAGGGACUACCUUGUGUUAUUUAUUUUUUCCUAUGCUUGACUUUCUUUGACUAACGGGAGGAGGUUCAGUCCUAUUUCCUGUCAGAGAAAGUACUCACCCUUCUCCUUGACACUGGAAAUGGAGCUACAUUAGAGGAACUGUAUAGGUAAAAAAAAAAAAUGCAUAUUCUUCUCCCCCUGUUUUAAUCUUUAUUUUGAUCAGAUUGUCCUCAAUAAAAGGAAUGAAUGAUAGUAUGGAAUAUGAAUGGAUUAGUCAUCAGAUUCUCCAAAAAAAAAAUAAUGAAAUAAGUUUGUCAUGGAAUAUAAUUAUGGGGGAAGGUUAAGGGUGGAAUCCAAAGGGAUGGUAUUUAUAGAUAGAAGUAUGUUAAUUAUUAGCGGAAGGGAGAAUUUUUUUUUCAGAUUUUCUGCUCUUCCCUCCUCUGAUUGCAUGUCAUUAUCCCCCUUUGCUUCCUCCUUGCUUCCUGUAUUUAAGCCAGGCUGUCUACCAAUGGUCAUGCUCCAGUGAUUCUCUAUGAGAAUCCGUAAUGACACGCCUUACUCAGCUCAACACAUGCUGACAAUGCCUGCCCAAGCCUCUUCAGAGUGCUCAGCAUUCAGACACUAGAACUUCCAUACCACAUCUCACACACAUAAUUCCCCACACGUAUCAUAUAUAUAUAUAUAGUGUCAUAUGCUUAUAAAUAAAUCUAAAGAGGCGGACAAACUCAAAUACCUAUAGUGCUUUGUGUUCUCUCUGGUCUGUGUCUCCCUCUUCCUCUAGGGAGGUUAAUUAAAUGGGACUGGUAGGGGAGGGAUCAACGCUGGCUAGGGAGGUUGAUUAAAUGGGACUUGCAGGGGAGGGAUCAACACUGGCUAGGGAGGUCAGAUGGCAGGGGAGGGAUCAAUGCUGGCUAGGGAGGUUGGAUGACGGGGACUGGCAGGGGAGGGAUCAACGCUGGCUAGGGAGGUUAGAUGACAGGGACUGGCAGGGGAGGGAUCAACACUGGCUAGGGAAGUUGGUUGGCUUGCUGAUAGCUGCUGGCAGGGGAGGGGUUAACCGUUAGUAGGGAGGUUGGCUGAAAGGGGGUAGGUUAAUAGUGGGUAAGGGUUGGCUGAAAGGGACUGGCAUGGAAGAGAUUAACCAGUGAGUAGUGAGGUUGGCUGACAAGGACUGGGGGAGAAUUUAUUACUUGCAUUACAGGGACGGAGAGGAACAUGAGUGUAUGUUUUUGGGGUGUUUCUAGAAAAGUAUAAAAAUGUAGAUUUUUUUUUUUUUUUUUGUCUGGAGAUAAUUGAGUUGAUACAGUAAUUAACUCUAUCUCCUGAGGAGAGGGAUUGUGUGUAAUGUGUGGGAGUGACUCUGUGUUUAUUGGUUGUUGUAUAUUUUACAGGUGCCCCACAAGGUCCACCUGGGUGGGUAACCUUUGGGGGAAAACCUGCAUAAAAGGCCAGCCUGGCCAUUAAAUAUUCUGUUCUCCUAAUACUGAGUGUCGUCCAGUUAUUGGGAAGGGAGAUGGGAUAUUCGUGGAUUAUCUUGUAAUUAUGCCUGCUGUCUUGAAGUUUCCUGUUUGUUCCUGAGUAGCUGUUGAAGUAACCAGCAGAGAAGAAGCCCUGCUACUACUGCUCUCCGCUACACUUAUACAAAUAUAUUAUGACUCCUAUGUAAAGUGAUUAGGCUGCUGCUUACAACACUCAUGAAGACCUAAGAAAAAGUCUUGUAACAUAGUUAAAUGUGUCACUGGAACUCCUAAAGAGUUACCUUCCCUGCUCCACCUUACAAGAUUUAUAGCUGGUACUCUUUAAAAUAAAAAUAGACAAAGGGAAAUGCAUUACUUGACUUGACUUUUUUAAGCAAACACGUUUAAACAAAUAUACUAAACAAAAUAACACGAGAAAAACUUUGAAAAAGUAUGUAAUAAACGUUUAUAAACUUACUAUAAAAACAUGGUCAAAUUGCAAUGUUGUGCACACCUCUCAGCAAGUGGAGUUUCUUCAGCCUCCCUCUUACCCAGGGCCAUCUAUAAUAUUAAUUGG